UGCUGAUAUGUUUUUCUGCCAAAAAAGCUCGCGUCUAAGCACGCGUUAUAGCUUUUGCAAGAACUUGAGAAAAAAGUCUGCGCGUCGCGCUCGCUCCUCGUCUGCAGUCUGCACUUUAUUUUCAAACAUUAUGGUCGUGCAGCAUCUAAAAUAAACUUGGCAGGUGCAGUGACAAUCGCAAGAGACUCGCGACUGUACACAGCAAACGGAAAAUUAACAUUACGAAUUUAGCGAUAAUCUUCCUUCUGUUGCUGCUAAGAGGGGCAGAAUGUUCCAAUAUUGUGAAGUGAAUUGAUAAAUGAACUUUUCCAAGCAGUAUUGUGUCUGCGAUAAGCUAGUAAUAUAAAAUAAUAAUCUAAUGAUGUUAAAAAUAAUCUAAUGUUGCACGAUGCCAGGAAAAAUCAAAGUAAAAAUUUUAUCUGGUCGGAACCUUCCAGUUAUGGAUCGCUCUGCAGAUACUACAGAUGCUUACGUCGAGAUCAAAUUUGGAUCUACUACGUACAAAACUGACGUUUGCAGAAAAUCCCUUAAUCCUCAAUGGAACUCUGAAUGGUACAAAUUUGAAGUAGAAGAUUCAGAAUUACAAGAUGAGCCAUUACAAAUAAGAUUGAUGGACCAUGAUACUUAUUCUGCCAAUGAUGCCAUUGGAAAAGUGUAUGUAAAUCUGAAUCCAUUGCUACUACCAGGUACACCACCGCCAGCAGUCAAAAAUAUUUGGACACUUGAAGCAGCGAUGAAUACCAGCACUGGAUCUCAAGGAGGAUCUGUUAUGACUGGUUGGCUUCCAGUAUACGACACAAUGCAUGGAAUCAGAGGAGAAGUCAAUAUCAUUGUCAAAGUUGAACUAUUCAUUGACUUCAAUAAAUUCAGACAAUCUUCCUGUGGCGUUACAUUUUUUUAUUCUCCAAUUGUACCUUAUGGUUAUCAUGCUCAAGUUAUACAUGGUUUUGUAGAAGAACUAGUAGUUACAGAUGAUCCAGAGUACAAGUGGAUUGAUAAAAUAAGGACUCCCAGGGCUAGUAAUGAAGCUCGUCAAACAUUGUUCAUGAAAUUAAGUAAUGAAGUACAAAGAAGAAUGGGAGUAAAAGCUAUUGAUCUUGGUGGGAACGCUGUUAUCGGAUACUUGCAAAAUUUUGAUCUAGAAGGAGAAUCAGGAAUAGUGGCUCGUGGGAUUGGUACUGUGGUCACCUUGGUAAAACAUCAUGAUCUUCCCAAUUUUUUAUCCGAGCCUCAAGGAGUUGAAGAAAGCGCUACGCAAGCUUGCAAAUUAAAAACCGAACAAAUAGACAUGGAACACAGUCCAAAGCAAUCGACACCCAUGGUGAGCCCAAGAUUUCCUUUAAAUCCAGAAAAAGAACCCGUGACUCCGUUGAAACUCGUCGAGGUGAAAACACCGUCGCCGUUGUCGUUCACUCGUCAAAUGUCGAUACAAUCCACGACGAGUAUCGGAUCUCGAAUUCGAGUCCCUAAUACGACCUCGUCGUCCGUCGCGCCCGACGACUUGAUGGACGAGUCGUCGAUGCGCAGCAUGAUGGCCCUCGAGGACAUGCGCGGUGAGCCGCAAGGCAACAGAUUCACCCGUGGAUUGAGAAACCUGAGGUACGUCGGCCAGAACGUCCUCUAUCGCAAGAGCUUCAAUAACUCGGUGAGAUCGAGAGAUUCGCUAGACGAGGAGAGCUGCAGCGACUUGGACAGUAUACAUUCGAGCAAUUGGUCGAUCAUUGGCUCCGACUCCACGGAAGUGACGCCGAGUCAGCAACAGCAACAGCAGAGAAUCGGCCCGAGAAGAAAGAGAUUUAGAAGGAAACAGGCCGGCGAGGGUAUGAUGGCUGCGAUGCUCAUUAGGUCGGUUCACGCUACUGUUUUACCUCUGGAUAGCGUAAAGGAGGAUCGCGAGACACCAACACCGUCGCCCGUGAAUUUAACCGACGAAGCAACAUCUGUUAAUCAAGAAACGAGCAGCGUUGACAUACUAGCCGUGGAAGCGAUUCGAGAGUCGGAAAUGGGCGAUCAUCGCGACACGAAAUCGGUAAAGAGCUCGACAAUCGUAGCGGCUUACAACAAAUUCAAGGACGAUCAAGUUAUACCCAUGAUAUCGUCGUCCGAAUCCGAUACAUCGACGGACGAGGAGGAGCAGCAGGCGGAGCCGAACGAAGAAGACGACGCCGACGAAGGAGGGCCAUCGGAAUCAAGUACUAAUUACAAUAUCCUCGACGACACCAUAUCCCUGUUAGAUCUCUCCAGCUCAUCCGAGAACGACGAUAGUCCGCGCGAUGCACCGGACCAUCAUUCAUCGACGUCAUUCACGCAUCUCGCACUACAGUUAUCUCAAAAGUCCGAAAAUGAGGCUGCUACAAGUAAUCUCAUUGACAUCUUGAGUUCGCCGAGCAUCAAAGAUGAAAAAAAAAUUAAUUACUUAUCGUCGGAAUUUUCAUCGGACAUCGAUUCCGAUUUGCCCCUGAAAAUAAUUUCAAGCGAGAGACCGAAAAGGGUUCGUAAAAUAUCGAACUCGUCACGCAGCAAAUCUUGUGUAGACUCCGAUAAGAAAAAGAAAGUGCCGCCACCGUUAAAAAUGCCCGAAAACGACGAAGAAUCGCCGGUACAGCAACAACAGAUCUCGUCCCCUGCGAGUCUGAAAUCUGCGAGGCAUCACCAAAGAUUGCACAAGCAGCAAUCUCUGAUCUUGGACGAGCUCGGAAAUAAUUCGGAAUCGUCCGGCGACGAGUAUUAUCCCAAGCAUCACGUGUCGAGAGCGAGCUCGAAAAAUCACUUGCUGAUCAAUUUGUCGGACGACGACGACGAGCCAUCGCAGUCGGUUUCUCUCGCCGACGGCAAAGUCAAGAUAUCGCGUAAAGUCGAGAGAACCGAUACGGUCAUAUACAAAGGCCCGAAGGAGAAGAGUUUCCCUGAAGCGAGCAAUGCCGAGCUAGAAGCGUUGCCGCCUGCUGCUGCUGCUACGAUUCAGCCAAAGCUCGUCGUUCCACGAUCACCGACGUCCGAGAUCAAACUGCUUCAACUGCCGUCCCCGACUCCCAAAGACAUAGCGCCCAAGAGUCCUUAUCCCGUGGAGGAUCGGAAAAGCAGCGAGUUCGUCUUUCCCGACGAGGAGAAGCGCGUCGCCGAGAUUCUUACCAAGAAAUACCGCCAGUCGUGCAUGUCCGACCUGAUCAAGAUGAUAGACUCGCGCAUGCUCGCGCAUCAUCACCACCAUCACGGUCACGACUCGCUUCGGCGGCGCAGAUUGGCCACCUCGUCGAGGCGCCUCGAUCAGACGCCGUCGCCCGAGUCGACGCAUCGUCGCAUUCGCGGCCGCUCGCGAUCUCGAUCGCCCGAGUCGACGACCGCCAGCGGCGGCCACCAUCAUCAUUCCCAUCAUCAUCAUCAUCAUCACGCCACGAAUCUGCACUCGUCGCACUCGUUCGCCUCGUCCAUGCACCAACUCGACGGAUCGCAUUCUCGAGCCCACAAGAGCCAUCACAACUCGAGCGAGAGCAUAGUCGAGCUAGCGGCGCUUUCGCCGCGUGCCGGUCUCGUCAAUAAUCAUAGCGUCGUCGAGUCGCAACCUCCGCCGCUACGGGAGGAGCUCGACGACGAGUUAGAACAGCAGCAGCAACCUCUAAAAGUCUUAGAAAAAGCACCCGAUCAAUCCAGUCUAAAAGCUGUCUCCAAUAGCAUUAACGCUGAUCAGCAAAUGCUUGAGCUACAACCACUGAUGAAAUCAAUUAUUAAUUCUACUAGCCCUUUGACAACUAAUACGAAUAAUAAUAAUAGUAAUAAUAAUAACGAUAAUAAUAAUUCUGCUGCUGGCAGUGAAGCGUUUAAUUACAAUAAUAUAAUUACUAACAAUUCUAAUGAAACUGACAAUUCGUGUGUGUCCCAAUCAUCGCCCAUUCGCAGGCAACAGUCGCAGCAGCAAAAAACCAAUCAGAGCGUGGAUCAGCAGCAGCAGAUUAGUCCAGCUACUAGUAAUGGCCAGUCGAAUGCCAAAGUCAUCGCUGCCACUUCUGCACACUCGCCGGCCGGAAAGAAUCCAGUUCUGAGUGGUGUAUCGAUGCACAGAAGAUCCAGCGAUUCGGAUCUCAGUAUAACGCCAAAAGGUAACUCGUUGACCGGCAGCGAUCGCUCGAUGGGAGGCUACUUGAAGGCCACUUCGGGCGCCACGAGAACCAUGAAUCAAGAGGCGCUCGAGAUGCUCGAGUAUCCCUUUAUCACGAUGCAACAGUAUCCGCCGGGCUUCGUGUUGCACAUCGGUGGACUAGUGAGCGCGAGGUCGGUCAAGCUGCUCGAGAGGAUCUCGAACCUGGAGGAGCCCGAGGGCAGGGACGCCUGGUGGACGGAAAUUCGCAUGGAGGUAAGAUCCCACGCUCGCGCCUUGGCCUGCAACGUCGUCAUCGGUUACAAAGAGGAAACGAGCAUCUGCGACGACGUGUGCGUGCUGAGUGGCUCGGGCACAGCGGCCGUCAUCAGUCUCCACAGCACCGGCCAGGACCACGACAACGUGCUCAUUACCCACGUCCAGGGACCGAUGACCGCCUCCCUCGAGUCGGACAAAGGCUCCGUCGAGAAGAACAUCGGCGGCGCCUUGGCCAACAAGGCCGCGGGUAGCCAAGUGUCCAUCAAUCAGUUGACGCCGGCCUCGGCAGCCUCGGCUAUGCCAUCGUCCGUGGCCAGCGCCGCGGUCAACGCGUCGACCGCCAACAACCAUCACAAUCAGCAUCAGCAGCAGCAGCAGCAUCGAUCGAAGCAGCGCAACACCUCGGAGAGCAACGAGCACGAGGCCGCUUACUCGUCGCCGCCCUCGAGCGCGUCGGCUUGCGGCCUCUGCCAUCUGCCCUACAACAAGUCGAGCGUCAACUUCCAGGUGAACGUGUCCAAGUGCGCCGUGUGCCGUCGCGCCAAGGUGCCCGACGUCCUCUUCACCACGGUCGAGCUGCCCGAGAACGUGCCGAUGACGGGCCGUGGCUGCUUUAUCCAGGCCACCGUCUCCAAGGCCAAGAAGGACCUGCGCGGCGAGCUCAACGCCAAGGAGAUCUCCGACUGUCUGCCCUUCCUCGAGUACGAGCUGCACAGUCUGCUGCUGAACAAGCUCAGGAUGCGCGGCAUGAACGCCGUGUUCGGCCUGAAGAUCCAGGUGUCGAUCGGCGAGAGGCUCGUCAUCGGCAUGGCCGUCGGCACCGCGGUCUACCUGACGGCUCUGCCGGCGCCCUCCCUGCCCCAGAUCAACACGGGCAACUCCUGGCACGACGAGGAGCAGCUGGCCGAGAUGCAGAAGAGCCUCGUCGACACCGUCAAAAAGAACAUGGAGUAUUAUCAGCUGAAGCCGCCGGCCGUACAGGACCUCGAGAACGGACGAUCCAUGUCGGACACGGACGAGUCCGAGGACGAGCUGCCCGAGCUCGACCUCGGACUGGGCAUGAAGGACGUUUGCGUGCUCGAGGUCGACGAUCUCGAGGACAUGGAUCGGAUCAGUUUGCUGAUGGACGAGAGGCCGCCCAGCGACUUUCACGUCGUCAAUACCGAGACCAUUCCCGGCUUGGAGGAUCUGGAGAUCGUGCGCAAUCUGCAAAUGUUCACCCAGGUAUCUCGAGCUAAAAUACCGAGCGGCCAGUCGACGUCGAUGCCGUCCAAGUACUUUGCUCGCCUCCUGCAAACGAUCUACUUCAAGCUGCGCCGCAUGGUGCCCUGCGCCCUCUGCGAUCUGCAGUUUCGCAUCGCCAUGCCCGAGCAGGACGAGAUUCAGCUGUCGGUCAUUGGCAUGGCUCUGGGCUUGGGCGAGCCAACCAAGAGCAGCAUCGGUCGGCCGAGGCGACGGCUGCUCUCGCACUCGGUCAGCAAGGAUCAGAUGAAACGAGCCGACAACGACAACGACAUGAUCUUUUGCCUCGACGAAGAUCAUCACGCCGACAGUGCGGAUAGCAACGCUCAGCUGCUCGCCAAUAACGCCACCCCGACGGGGCCAAAUCUGACGGCCCAACACUCGAUAAAACAGCGGCCCAGAUCACCGCUGAGGAUGAAGCACACGGUGCACAGACACAAACACGUGCCCUUGAAAGAACGCUACGGUGUUGACAUAACACCUCUAUCUUAUCUACCCGGUGGCCGAAUCGAGAGAUACCUUGGCAAUUUGAACUUCUUCUUUAUACGCGAAUCCAAUUCCAUUAGAGAAAACGGCGGUUUGAGCGGUUUCAUACACAGCUUCGUCACGGAGGUGUUGGCCAUAGUUCGAGCCCACGUCACGGCUCUCGGAGGCAACGCCAUGGUGGCUUUUUUCAUGACGCAAUGCGUACUAUUGCACAGCCCACACAAGAACCAGGGUCAAUGCUUGAUAAACGUCGGCGGCGACGUCGUGAGCGUCUCGUACUUUGGCAAUGAUAAAUUGUCGCAAGCUCAUACGCAAGCCCAAGCGCAUCAAUUACAGCAGCAGCAAACGCAUUUGCUAGCUCAACAACUGACUCAACAGGCCACUAUAACCGCUGUGAAUUGUUGACCUCAUUUGCCCGAAAUAAAUGCAUAAAUUUGUUCGUCUGCCUCGCGUGUACGCGUACAUGUUUUUCAAUUGAUUGAAUAGUAAGUUUAAUUUAGAAAAUGCUAUCACCUUGAUGUGUCUUAAUUACCUGUAAGUCGGUUAGCGUUCUUAUUAUCUACAAGUCAGUUAGCGUUUUGUACUUAUACAUUUGUAAAUAUGUCUUGUAUUCUUAAUGUUGUUGUUAUAAGAUCAUUGUUAUUUAGUACUCCGAUGCUGGAUACAUGUUACACUUGAAAAAAUUGUUCCAUUGUCAGUUUCAAACCUUGUACAAAAACAUUUUUUAAUUCAAAAUUGUAGUUCUAUGUAAUAAUAAUAGUUUCAGAUUUUUAAAUGAGCUUGUUAAGUAACUUGAAAAUCGUUCAAUAGAAAUUUGUAUCUAUUUGGAAUAAAAAUUAAAAAAAAGGCCCAAGAUUACACUAAAUUUCGGCGACGAACGAAUAAUUGUUUGUUCCAUAAGAAUUCUACGUAAUAUGAAUAAAAUUUGUACUUGAAAGUUGAUAGUGAAGUGCCAAUUGAAAAAAAGAAAUGACGAAACAAUCUUAAAUUUUAUUGAAUAAUCUCAUAGAGAUAAAAAAUGUUCAAACUUUUAUUCCGACAAGUCUGACAUUUGAUGUGUUCAGAGUCGAAGAAAAUAUCUACUUUAUUCCAAAAAUCGUGAACAUGUUUUUUCUAGUCUUUACUUGAAAAAGUACACGUAGUUAUUGUGAGAGCUGAUAACUAAGAAAACACUCGAUUUAAUUUGGAUAAGCGUCCGCGAUGUCUGUUUCGUAGUUAUCUGCAAUCAAGCAAAGUGCAUGGUACUUAUUCUUAUGUCUCAGUACUAAGAGCCAAUAAUCUAAUUCAAUUAGUUUUGUGGAAGCUUUUCAGUAUUCAAAUUAUAUACUUAUAAAAAAAAAUCAAGAGACAUUUCUAUGAUAAUUAUAUAUCGAAACAUCUUCGAUGCUUGUACUUGCUGCCAUGAAUCUCUUAAAUUUUACAAUACAAAAACUAAAUAAAAACUCGUGAUAAUUUUAGUCGAUAAUUCAUACAUAUUUGCCUUUAUAAUGAUUUUCAGUUCACACGCAUAUUUUUUGAAACACGUGAUUGUAAAUAUUCGGUAUAUAUUACAGGUGUAAAAUUUUUCUCACGCUCAUUUCAGGCUGCUCUUUUAACGAAUUAUAUAUUGAAAUUGACGUGCGCCUUGGAAAUAAUUUUGUAAAAAUGGAAAAAUCUUGAAUUGCGUGUUCUAAAUUUGUUAUCAGUAUUAAAAACGUGGAGAUUAUUUUAAUGAUAAUGUAUGCGACCUCGUGCAAAGAAAGGACUCAAUAAAGAAUCAUUAAAUUUCAAA